CUACUCAGCGACACUGAGAUUCUCGUUCAGUCUUGGAGAGUAGCACAAGGUUACAUAGUCAAACUCGAACACCACAGACGGCCACACCGGAAUCUCGCACAAUCGCUGACCUUCAAGAUGGGGAAAAAGACUGCAAUGUCUGCCGAGAUCGGCCCAGAUACCGUAUAUCAGGCAACGCCGGUAUACGAGUUGAUCGUUGGCAAAGAGCUGGUGAUGAGAAGGCAGAAUGACGGAUGGUUGAAUGCGACACAAUUGCUCAAGGUCGCGAAUUUCGACAAGCCGCAAAGAACCAGGAUCUUGGAGCGAGAGGUGCAGAAAGGGGUCCAUGAGAAGGUGCAAGGUGGAUACGGAAAGAGUCAGGGCACCUGGAUCCCGCUGGAACGUGCCGUCGCGCUUGCGAAACAGUACGAGAUUCACGAGCUCAUCCGACCUAUAGUCGAACUAGACGCCCGAGCCGGCACCCCGCCUCCAGCACCGAAGCAUUCCAUCAAACCGUCUCAGGCCAAGCUGAAGAAGCAGGAUCUCGCGUCGCUGUCCGUCAAGAGCGCUAGAAGCACGCCCAGCCUUUCGCUUGGACCGCCCAUCGGUCAGGGUUACUCGCUGCAUACCGCUUUACAAGCGGGUCCUAGCGGUUAUGGCGGCGAUGGUGGUGCGCCUUCCUCGGCUGUCGGGGGAGACGGAGCGGACGGUUCCGAUGGCGAAGGUGCUGCUACUGCAUCCCCAUCCCGAUCUUCGUCGUCUCGUACCCCUUCCCCUAUUCCCGCUCCAACGAACAUGCUGGGAACGCUCAACGAUCAUUUGUCGGGAAUAUACUCGGAUCAACAGCAGCCUAGCUAUAGUAUCGACGGGAUGAAAGCUGGAGCUGCUAUGGCGGGACAGAAGCGUAAACUUGAAGAGGAUUACGAGGCCGCGCCGUCAUCUUCAAGGACGAGGCUUGACACGGACGCCGUUUACCUUGUCAACGGGCAUCCGCCACCAGCUGGGCCGGAAACUUACGCCAACAUCAUCCUCGACUACUUCAUCACGGAAAAGGCCAAGAUACCCGAUUGUCUGGUGAAACCCCCGCCAGACUUUGAUGCCAACGUCUCAAUUGAUGACGACGGUCACACUGCAUUGCACUGGGCUUGUGCGAUGGGUCGACUUCGAGUCGUCAAGCUGCUAUUAUCAGCCGGUGCCGAUAUAUUCAGGGUCAACCACGCCGAGCAGACCGCUCUAAUGCGUAGUGUCAUGUUUUCCAACAACUACGAUGUGCGGAAAUUCCCUGAGCUGUACCAAUUGCUCCAUCGUUCUACCUUGAACAUCGACAAAGGUAACAGAACGGUGUUUCAUCACAUCGCUGACGUUGCCCUCACCAAGGGCAAAACGCAUGCCGCGCGGUAUUACAUGGAAACGAUCCUCGCCCAUCUGGAAGAUUUCCCUCGAGAAUUGGAGGAUGUCAUCAAUUUCCAAGAUGAAGAGGGCGAGACGGCGUUGACAUUGGCAGCUCGUGCUCGGAGCAAGCGCCUUGUGAAAGCGCUUCUUGACCACGGAGCCGAUCCCAAGAUCAAGAAUCGAGACAAGAAGAGCGCCGAGGACUAUAUUCUGGAGGACGAGCGGUUUCGAUCCUCACCCAACCUAGGCGGGCAGCUUCGAUUAGACGACGGAGAGAGCUCGAUGCGAGCUGGAUUCGGCAGUCUCCCUCCGCAGCUUUAUCACUCGCAGUCCGCUCAGCAAGCGGCGGGAAAGUAUACGACGGACAUGACCACGAUGUUGGAUGAUCUCGCACGGUCAUACGACACUGAACUUCAGCAGAAGGAGAAGGACAUCUCGCAGGCAGAAGCGCUCCUUGUUUCGCUACGAUCGGAUAUCGAGGAAGCGAAAAAGACAUUAGCGGAAUUACAAAGCAGAAGUGCCGGAUUGCAACCGGAACGAGAGAAGGUGGCUGGUUUGCAGUCUUCGUUGGAAGAGAAUAUGGGUCGACGGUAUCGAGCUGGGUGGGAAGCCUGGCUGGCUCACGAAGAGGCGCGGGAGAAUGCAUGGGAACAGGCUGGUCGACCCGAGACGGCGGAAUGGCAAGAUGUCAUCGCCAUUGCCAAGGUGGAAGGAUCGACUGACGCGGAGGAAGCGCAACUUGUUGAUGAGGUUGAGCAAGGAAAGCGGAAACGGAUCGAGCUCUUCAAGCGAUAUGUGCGACAGCAGACCGAUGUCGGAACCGGGGAAAAGAUGGCAAGCUACCGAAAGCUGAUCGCCUCUGCUUGCGGAGGAAUGCAGCCUAGUCAAGUCGACCGAUUUUUGGUGGAGAUCUUGGAUACGCUUGAUGGAGACGCAGCCGAGGGUAUCAACUAGUCGAUACCCAUCAUCAAUCUCAUAAUUACGACCAUGUCUUGACAUCCGCUGUGUAUAAAUUAUAUCGUAUCGCCAGAGUGAACGAUGAUGAUGACUUUCGCGAUAACAUGAUCACGUCUA